AUGAGUGCCUCUGAAGAACAAAUCACUCAAGAGAAGCCACCUCAAGAAUACUCUUCUUCUUCUGCCUCCUCUUCUGCUUCCUCUUCCUCCGACGAAGAUGACAUCGAUGCUUUAAUUGAUGAAUUACAAUCUCACCACGGUGGUGAUGAAGAAUCCGAAGAAGAAGAAGUCGCCGUCGGUGGUCAAAGAAUUAUUCCAGAAGAAUUACUACAAACCGACCCAUCUUACGGUCUAACCGACGAUGAAGUCUCUAAAAGAAGAAAGAAGUACGGUUUAAAUCAAAUGUCUGAAGACAACGAAAAUUUGGUUGUCAAAUUCAUUAUGUUUUUCGUUGGUCCAAUUCAAUUCGUUAUGGAAGCCGCUGCUAUCUUAGCUGCCGGUUUAUCCGAUUGGGUCGAUUUCGGUGUUAUCUGUGGUUUAUUAAUGUUAAAUGCUUGUGUUGGUUUCAUUCAAGAAUUCCAAGCCGGUUCCAUUGUCGAAGAAUUAAAGAAGACUUUAGCUAACUCUGCUAUUGUCAUCAGAAACGGUCAAUUGAUUGAAGUUCCAGCUAACGAAGUCGUUCCAGGUGAUAUUUUACAACUAGAAGAUGGUACUAUCAUUCCAGCCGAUGGUAGAAUUGUCACUGAAGACUGUUUCAUUCAAAUCGAUCAAUCCGCUAUUACUGGUGAAUCUUUGGCCGUCGACAAACAUUACGGUGACCAAACUUUCUCCUCUUCUACUGUUAAGAGAGGUGAAGGUUUCAUGAUCAUUACUGCUAUUGGUGACAACACCUUCGUUGGUAGAGCUGCUGCUUUAGUUAACCAAGCUUCUGGUGGUCAAGGUCAUUUCACUGAAGUUUUGAACGGUAUUGGUGUUAUCUUGUUAGUCUUAGUUAUCAUCACUUUAUUGGUUGUCUGGACUGCCGGUUUCUACAGAACUGUUAACAUUGUUACCAUCUUAAGAUACACUCUAGGUAUUACCAUUGUCGGUGUCCCAGUCGGUUUACCAGCUGUCGUUACCACUACCAUGGCUGUCGGUGCUGCUUACUUAGCUAAGAAGCAAGCUAUUGUUCAAAAAUUAUCUGCUAUUGAAUCCUUAGCCGGUGUCGAAAUCUUAUGUUCCGAUAAAACCGGUACUUUGACCAAGAACAAGUUAUCUUUACACGAACCAUACACUGUUGAAGGUGUUUCCGCUGAUGACUUAAUGUUAACCGCUUGUUUAGCUGCUUCCAGAAAGAAGAAGGGUUUGGAUGCCAUUGACAAAGCUUUCUUGAAAUCUUUAGCCCAAUACCCAGUUGCCAAGAACGCUUUAACCAAGUACAAGGUCUUAGAAUUCCAUCCAUUUGACCCUGUCUCCAAGAAGGUUACUGCUAUUGUUGAAUCCCCAGAAGGUGAAAGAAUUAUUUGUGUUAAAGGUGCUCCAUUAUUCGUCUUAAAGACUGUCGAAGAAGAUCACCCAAUCCCAGAAGAUGUCCAUGAAAACUACGAAAACAAGGUUGCUGAAUUAGCCUCAAGAGGUUUCAGAGCUUUAGGUGUUGCUAGAAAGAGAGGUGAAGGUCACUGGGAAAUUUUAGGUGUUAUGCCAUGUAUGGAUCCUCCAAGAGAUGAUACUGCUCAAACUGUCAACGAAGCUAGACACUUAGGUUUAAGAGUUAAGAUGUUAACUGGUGACGCUGUCGGUAUUGCUAAGGAAACUUGUAGACAAUUAGGAUUAGGUACCAACAUUUACAAUGCUGAAAGAUUAGGUUUAGGUGGUGGUGGUGACAUGCCAGGUUCUGAAUUAGCUGAUUUUGUUGAAAACGCUGAUGGUUUCGCUGAAGUUUUUCCACAACAUAAAUACAGAGUCGUUGAAAUUUUACAACAAAGAGGUUACUUGGUUGCCAUGACUGGUGAUGGUGUUAACGAUGCUCCAUCUUUGAAGAAGGCUGACACUGGUAUCGCUGUCGAAGGUGCUACCGAUGCUGCCAGAUCCGCUGCUGAUAUUGUUUUCUUAGCCCCAGGUUUAUCUGCUAUUAUUGAUGCUUUAAAGACUUCUAGACAAAUUUUCCACAGAAUGUACGCUUACGUUGUUUACCGUAUCGCUUUAUCUUUACAUUUGGAAAUUUUCUUAGGUUUAUGGAUUGCUAUUUUGAACCACUCCUUAGACAUUGAUUUAAUUGUUUUCAUUGCCAUUUUCGCUGAUGUUGCCACUUUAGCUAUUGCUUACGAUAAUGCUCCAUACUCUCCAAAGCCUGUCGCUUGGAACUUACCAAGACUAUGGGGUAUGUCUAUUAUCUUAGGUUGUAUCUUAGCUAUUGGUACUUGGAUUCCAUUAACUACUAUGUUCUUACCAAAGGGUGGUAUUAUUCAAAACUUCGGUGCUAUUGAUGGUGUUAUCUUCUUAGAAAUUUCUUUAACUGAAAACUGGUUAAUUUUCAUUACUAGAGCUGCUGGUCCAUUCUGGUCUUCUAUUCCAUCUUGGCAAUUAGCCGGUGCCGUUUUCGGUGUCGAUAUUAUUGCUACUAUGUUUACCUUAUUCGGUUGGUGGUCUCAAAACUGGACUGACAUUGUUACCGUCGUCCGUAUUUACAUUUGGUCUUUAGGUGUCUUCUGUGUCUUAGGUGGUGCUUACUACUUAAUGUCUGAAUCUGAAAGUUUCGACAGAUUAAUGAACGGUAAGCCAAUGAAGGAAGAAAAGCCAACCAGAUCUAUUGAAGAUUUCUUAACUGCUAUGCAAAGAGUCUCCACUCAACAUGAAAAAGAAAACUAA